UUGCCAGGUUUCCCAUUUAUCUCUUUUAUAUCUUUGAGGAGUACCCUUAAAAAUCCAGGCCCUUGAAAAGUUUUCUAUCUCUUAACCCAGACUAGAAAAAGCAGCUCAGGUGAGAGAAACUGUUUGCGCUUCUUCAGUUGUUUUAGGAGAAAGAGAGAAUAUGGGGAGAGGGAAAGUGGAGUUGAAGAGAAUAGAGAACAAAAUUAAUAGGCAGGUCACAUUUGCUAAGAGGAGAAACGGAUUGCUCAAAAAAGCUUAUGAACUCUCAGUUCUCUGUGAUGCUGAGGUUGCUCUCAUUAUCUUCUCCAAUCGUGGCAAGCUCUAUGAGUUCUGUAGCACCUCUAGCAUGAUGAGAACUCUUGAAAGGUACCAGAAGUGCAGUUAUGGUGCAUUGGAAGCCAGCCAACCAGGCCACGAGACACAGAGCAACUACCAGGAGUAUCUGAAGCUGCAAGCUAGAGUUGAGGUCUUACAGCGAUCUCAGAGGCACCUUCUUGGGGAAGAUUUGGGCCCGCUAAAUACUAAGGAGCUUGAGCAGCUUGAGCAUCAGCUGGAAACAUCCCUCAAUCAAAUCAGGUCAAAAAAGACUCAGUUCAUGCUUGAUCAACUUGCUGAUCUUCAAAACAGGGAACAUCUGCUACUUGAAACCAACAAAGCGUUGAAAAGGAAGUUACUCCUGCACACUAAUUAUCAGCUGGAAGAAGGUAGUGGGCAAGUUCCACUUCUACUGGCAUGGGAAGAUGGAGGACAAACCAUUCCAUAUAGCCGCCUACCAGCUCAUUCAGAAGGGUUCUUCCAUCCCCUCGGAGGAAAUUCCACCCUGCAAAUUGGAUACAAUCCUGUGGGUGCAGAUGAGAUUAAUGUUGCCCACACUCAACAUGUCAAUGGAUUCAUUCCUGGGUGGAUGCUUUGACUUGGGUCAUUAAUUCAUAAUAUAAUAUCAAAAUAUUAAUUUCCAUGAUUGUGUUUGGCUUUUUUUUUCCCUUCUAAUAAUAUUAUACUUUAUAUCUGAUAGUGAUGCAGUAUUAUGUAACCUGUAAUUAUCAUUAUUGAAGACAAUAAUUAGGUAAAUGGUAAUUGUAAUGUUUCAAAACAUCAAAGACAGAUGCUAUAUUUAUAUAUAUGAUGCAUUAUGGCUUGUAUUUUCAUAACA